CACGUGAAUUCUUAGGUUUGUUUGGUACACAGCGGCUGUCACAGAUCCGAGAAUCUGCCCAAAAUGCGUUUAUAGUGAGGAUGAUUUUAUUAAGGAUUAUUUUAUAUUAACAUUUCCGAAUAUCGAUGUUAAAGUUAUCCGGGUUUUUUUUAUAUUGACGUGUGUGAGAUCAAAGGAAGAAGCGGCUGAUACAGAACUGAUACAUUGUAUCAGACGCGUGACGAUCAGAUGUCAAUCAGAUCCUGCUACGAUGUUGCGCCGUUGUCAUACUUCUAAAUAACUUUACGUAUAAAUGACAUUGAUAUGCGAAUUUAUUUAUAAAGAUUUGUCAUUAACAAUACAAACAGGAGACACCGUGCCAUUGCCUGACAGGUUUCGCAAUAUGAAACGACACUGAUUUACUUUACUCUUGGUUUGCAUUAAACGUCCAGUCGCGUGUAAAAACAGGUUCUUAUAAAGGAUCAGGAUGCUGCGAUGGUUUCUUGGAGGUCGGGAAGCGCAGGGGACAGUAGAGAAGAGCGCGGCGCUGUUCAUUGGGGAGGAACAGCCCAAAAACUGUUUUACGGAGAUGCAGGUGCUGAAAGGACACUUUGACAUUGUUCGAUUUCUGGUGCAGAUUGAUGACUUAAGGGUUGCUUCUGCUGGUGAUGAUGGUUUAGUGCUGGUUUGGAACGUUGAGACUGGAGAGUGUUUGUAUGAAUUGCGUGGCCACACACAGCAGAUCACCGCUAUGACAUCAUACCCUUACAUGAGAGGCGGGAGCACACAUACUGCUCUCAUUACUGCAUCAUCAGACCGCACGCUCAGUUUAUGGGAUCCAGACACCGGAAACCGUGUACAAAAUGUCUCUGAUCUCCAGUCGUCUGUAAAGUGUUUGCUGGUGUUGGAUCGCUUGGACGUGUGGCUCUCGGGUGGAAAUGAACUGUGUGUGUGGAACAGUGACUUUGAGCUGCAGUGUAAAACUGUCCAUCAUAGCGACACAGGCAUCUCAGCCAUGGUGGAGUUACCAAAGAACUUCAUUGCAGCCGCCAUGGAUAAAGAGAUUGUGAUAGUUAAGAUGAACGUGUCGGGGUCAGAUGUUGCUAUUAUGCCCAUGCGCCACCUGUCUGAUCAUCAGGACACAAUUCGAUCGCUCAUCAACAUCAAUGAUGGGUUGUUCGCAAGCGGCUCUCAUAUCGGCGAGCUCAUCGUCUGGGACUCCGUGGAUUGGACAAUCCAGGCCUAUGAGCACAUUCUGUGGGAGGAGCCGGCGGGAGACAGCCAAUCGGAGGUCAGAUUGACUCACCAGAAACAGAUCGAGAGGUCCAUUCAACACAUGAGCACAGAUGGAGAGUUACUGGUUGCAGCUGUAGGCAGUGGUCUGUUUGUUUAUAAUGUGCAGAUGAAGAAUGUGGUUGCGUACAGAAAGAUCGCACAUGAUUCUGAUGUCUUACACACCAUGCUGCAGGAGGAUGGGCAGCUGAUGACGUGCUCUGAGGACGGUAGCGUCAGAAUGUGGGAGUUACAGGACCUCCCCUUACCUGCCGAGCCCGCCUCCUCAGGGCUUUUCGGGAUGUUUGGCACUUUUGGCCGGUCCAGUAAGCAGGUUUGUCCUCCUGCCAAGAAAGUUCCUGAAGUCCCCAGUCUGCGGUCCCUGGAACUGACGGGUGAUCUGAUUGGCCACUCUGGAGCUGUGCAGAUGUUUGUGAGUUUUAAGGAGAAGGGUCUGGUUACCUGCUCUACAGAUCACCUGCUCAUCGUGUGGAGGGAUGGAGAACUGCAGUCGCAGCUGCGCAGCCUUGCGCUCUUUCACAAACUAGAGGAACACCAGGGACUGUGAUGUGAUCAUCUUCAUAUCUCUUUCUUUCUGGAACUCAACGAAAAACUGAUCUCCAGGGCUGUGUUCAGUAUGUACUCUAUGCACUGAAAAAUCAAUGAAUGACCACAGGUCUCAGAUCUGUAUAGUAUUAACUGUCGAACAACUUGCUAGGACUAACCUAUUUGUAAAGUCUGAUCAUGUCUGUGUUUUAAAUUUACAUAAUAGCCACAUUGCGCUUUAACACAAUUGUACGUCAUUUUAAUGAGAUUGUUUUAUAAAUAGCUGUUGAAUCAUUUUAUCUAGGUGUUGAUUUGUAUAUAUUAAGAAAAACUGUUUGGUAUGAGAAUAUUUUUGAUGUGUUGUUAUCAUCGUGUUGCACAUUUCUUUGAAUGUUUGUUGCGUGUUUAUUUUUUAUUUUCAGAACUGCAUGCAAUUUAAACUGAAUUCAGAUCAAAAAGACUUUAUUGCAAAUGUUUAUUUGUGUCUCUCACAAACAACAGAUGUAAAGACAGAAUCGGACAUCAGAAAGAAACCGUGUUUAAACAUAUGUGACAUAAAUCUUUUUGUACAACUAACAAUAAAAUAAAAUCAUUUGAAA